GGGGCGGUGCGCGGCGGUGCGGUAGGAGGGUACGCGGCGCGCGGACAAUACCGGGGCGGCGGCGGCGGAGGUUCGGCCUUGAUCGGCUCCGCUCGGCCCCGCUCGGCUCCGCUCGGUCCCGCUCGGCUCCGCUCGGUCCCGCUCGGCCCGGCCCCGGCUGGCCCCGCUCGGCUCGGUUCGGCCCCGCCCCGCCCCGCUCGGCCCGGCACCAUGCUGGCGCUCUUCAACAAGCUGCUGGACUGGUUCCGGGCGCUGUUCUGGAAGGAGGAGAUGGAGCUGACGCUGGUGGGGCUGCAGUACUCGGGCAAGACCACCUUCGUCAACGUGAUCGCGUCAGGGCAGUUCAAUGAAGACAUGAUCCCGACGGUGGGGUUUAACAUGAGGAAGAUCACGAAGGGGAACGUUACCAUAAAGCUCUGGGACAUCGGUGGCCAGCCACGGUUUCGCAGCAUGUGGGAGCGGUACUGCCGUGGAGUGAGUGCCAUCGUGUACAUGGUGGAUGCGGCCGACCAGGAAAAGAUAGAGGCGUCCAAGAAUGAACUGCACAAUCUGCUCGACAAACCGCAGCUCCAGGGCAUCCCGGUCCUAGUCCUGGGGAACAAGCGAGACCUGCCUGGUGCCUUGGAUGAGAAGGAGCUCAUUGAGAAGAUGAACCUCUCCGCCAUCCAGGACCGAGAGAUUUGUUGCUACUCCAUCUCCUGCAAAGAAAAGGACAACAUCGACAUCACCCUACAGUGGCUUAUCCAGCACUCAAAGUCUAGGAGAAGCUGAGAUCCCAUGGACUGCAGCUCAGAUCGGGAAGAUGCCAUUGUACAAGCCCAUGCCCCUUCUCUCUCCUGCUCUGUCCUUCCAGCUCUCUCUCUAGAUGGGUAUUUUUAGGGGACCCCAGACUCCACUCGUAUUGAGGUGGAGCCCUUGUUUUUAUUGUAAAGAAAAUGUCCAACUGCCCUCCCCUCCUCUCCUCUCUCUGUCUCUUCUUCCCAUUUUGGCACUGUUCUGUUGUUGUCUGUGUAUACAGUAUAUAUAUAUAUGUAUAUAUAUUUUAAUUUUUUAAUUUAAGCGAUAGUGCUGUUACUAAACUGGGCCCUGUGAGCAGUAGGAAGGCUGUGGGCUCCCCGAGGCUGGCCAGGGGUCAGCAUUGGGAGAAAAAUGAGGGUGGUGGCAGAAGGCAGCCCCUUGGGGACGGAGCUGUGCCAGGCUGCGGGCAGGUCCCCUGGGGCUCCAUUGUCCCUUCCCUGCGUUUCCUGCCUGAACCCCAAGGCCAGAGAGCACCCUGGGGGUGUUGGGAGCACGCCCAUCCUGCCCUUCCCUGGGCUUCGGCCCCAUGGGCAGGGUUUGGUGGGGAGGCAGUGCCACCCUCCAGACUCUUUCCCCUCCAGGGGGAUGGGGAUUGGUCACAGCCCGAUGCAGUCAGCCUUCCACCCUGUUCCCUCCAGCUGCUGUGCCCCAACCCCUCUUUCUUUCCCUGGGCCACUCAUCCCUCUGCCCCACGUCCCUCCCCGGCCCCUGUGCCUGGGCUGAAUCCUGCUCUGGUGCCCAGUCCCGCUGUGCUGAGGCAGUGAUCCGAGGGGUCAGUGCCAGAGCAGGGGGGCCCAGUGAUACCAGCAGCCCCUGUGGGGCGCGGGGGGCUGGAUGCAGCCUACCCCCCUGCCCCAGCCACCCCUGGAGGUGGCUCAGCCCCCCCGCAGCCUCUUGGGGUGGCCGCACUGGCUCCCCACACGCCAAAAAGCAUCUUCUGCACCCAGCUGGGGGCUGCCGGCUCUGCCGCAGCCGAGGACAUUGCAUGGGGGUGCCAGGGAAGGGGGGGACACAUGGAGACACGUGCGGGGCCAUGAGAGCCCCUGCGCGCCCACAGCGCUGCCUGCUGGAGCCGGGGGGGUGCUCCCUGUGCCCUGCUCCCCCCAGCACCCCCAGCUCUGCUGGCCCCACUGAGGGACAUGGGGGCAGUGGGGCAGGGGGUGGCGGGGCUGGGUGAGGCGUGGGGGGGGUCCUUCUCCACAGGUGGGGAGAGGACAAGUGCAAAUCUAGGGGGGGUGUCAGGAAGGCUGUGCCAUGUGGUGAGUUGUUGGGUCUCUGCAGGCACAUCCUGGGGGCCUGGCCAGGUUGUUUGGGGCCAAUCCUGGGGGGACUUAGCUGGGCGGGGGGGGCCAUGCUGGCAUCAGGAGGGUGAGUGUGUAGUGGGUCAGGUCAGUGGCACAGUGGGGAGGCAGCUGCCUGUCCCCAGCUCAGGGCUGGGGAAGAGGGUGGCGGUGGCCCAGGGGCAGGGGGCUGCAGGGCCCCUCUCCCAGCCCCUUCCCCUGCUCAGCUCAGCUCUGUUCUCGUUUUUGCAGAAUUGCACAAAGAGAGGUUUCCUUUUUCUUUUUCUUUUUUUUUUUUUUUUGUUUUUAAUUUAAUGAAUUGUAAAGUGUUGUCACCCCCCCCUUUUUUUUUUUUUUUAAGAGAUAUUUUAGCUCAGAUUUGACCUCUGUUGGGAAAUGAUUCUUGUAACUGUACAAUUUUUUUGCAUCCUAAUAAUAAAUUAACAAUUUUGCGUUGUG